AUGAAUAUUCCAUCAUAUUCACUUAACACACUAAAGGGGUUAUAUGAUAUAUCUGGUGUGGAAGUAGGCCAACAUUUCUAUUGGCAAAUAGGAGGUUUCCAAAUUCAUGGUCAAGUACUUAUAACUUCUUGGGUUGUAAUUGCUAUCUUAUUAGGUUCAGCUGCUAUAGCUGUUCGGAGUCCACAAACUAUUCCGACUGGCGGUCAAAAUUUCUUUGAAUAUGUCCUUGAAUUCAUUCGAGACGUGAGCAAAACUCAAAUUGGAGAAGAGUAUCGUCCUUGGGUUCCCUUUAUUGGGACUAUGUUUCUAUUUAUUUUUGUUUCGAAUUGGUCAGGGGCUCUUUUGCCUUGGAAAAUCAUACAAUUACCUCAUGGGGAGUUAGCCGCACCCACCAAUGAUAUAAAUACGACUGUUGCUUUAGCUUUACUCACGUCAGUAGCCUAUUUCUAUGCGGGUCUUACAAAAAGAGGAUUAAGUUAUUUUGGUAAAUACAUUCAACCAACCCCAAUUCUUUUACCCAUUAACAUCUUAGAAGAUUUCACAAAACCUCUAUCACUUAGUUUUCGACUUUUCGGAAAUAUAUUAGCGGAUGAAUUAGUAGUUGUUGUUCUUGUUUCUUUAGUACCUUUAGUGGUUCCUAUACCUGUGAUGUUUCUUGGAUUAUUUACAAGUGGUAUUCAGGCUCUUAUUUUUGCAACUUUAGCUGCAGCUUAUAUAGGCGAAUCCAUGGAGGGUCAUCAUUGA